CGUCCGGGGUCAGUCACUCGCUCCCUGUCGCUGCCGGAGAGUCUCUGCUUCCCCCUUCCUACUCGCUCCGCGGCGGUAGCUCAGGCUCUUCGGGGAGGGGGAGACCGAGAAAGCGAGAGACUGACUUAAUAAAGUUUCCUGAAACAACAACUACUACCAGAAAGGGCCCAAGGUGGGGAGAAACCCCCAUCCUUUCGCGCCCCUCUCCAAAAGCCUGAGGGACCGUUGCAGGUGGAGCGACGCUGGGGGGGAGCCGGGCUCCAGCGGCAGCCGUUGCCCGGGCGAGGGGCGCCUCAGGUCCUGCCCUCUUCGGUUCCAGCUCCUUCGGUGGCGGCAGCAGCGGCUGCGGGGCGGUUCCUCCUGUCAACUGCCUGCGCCCGCGCGCUGCCCGCCCGCCCAGUUCCACAGCGCGGAGGGACGCCGUGAGCCGCCGCGUCGCCUCGGGCCGCGGAGGGACGUGGUGAGCUGUGGCGCUUCCGCGUCAGCGUCGGCGGGGACUCUUUGGGAGCGCGUCGGGCCCGAACCCCGGUCCCUUCGCGCGGUCCGCCGAGGCUGCGCCAGGUGGGGCCCGAAGCCGCCUCCCACGCCAGGCUGUCCCCGCGGCCGCCCGGCCUGCUUUCUUCCUUCCGCCCGCCCGCCGGCCCGCCCCAGGAGUUCACCAAGCCGCAAUGAAGAGCUUCUUACAGUGAAAGGAAAGUAGGUCGCGCCCACUGAAAAUGCCUUUAAGGGACAAAUACUGUCAGACUGACCACCAUCAUCACGGAUGCUGUGAACCAGUUUAUAUCCUGGAACCUGGAGAUGCUCCUUUGUUACAGCAACCACUACAGACAUCCAAAUCUGGUAUUCAGCAAAUAAUUGAGUGCUUUCGAUCAGGAACUAAACAACUUAAGCAUAUUUUAUUAAAAGACGUGGACACUAUUUUUGAAUGUAAAUUAUGCCGCAGUCUCUUCAGAGGAUUGCCAAAUUUAAUUACCCAUAAAAAAUUCUACUGCCCACCAAGUCUGCAGAUGGAUGACAACCUUCCUGAUGUAAAUGAUAAACAAAGCCAAGCCAUAAACGACCUCCUAGAAGCCAUAUAUCCAAGUGUGGACAAGCGAGAAUACAUUAUUAAACUAGAACCUAUAGAAACUAAUCAAAAUGCAGUGUUUCAAUAUAUUUCAAGGACUGAUAAUCCCACUGAAGUCACAGAGUCAAGCAGUACUCCUGAACAGCCUGAAGUUCAAAUACAGGAAACUAGCACUGAACAGUCUAAAACAGUUCCAGUUACAGACACAGAGGUGGAAACUGUAGAGCCCCCUCCUGUUGAAAUUGUUGCAGAUGACAUUGCACCUCCAUCUGAUGAACAACCGCAGGAAUCACAGGCUGACUUGGAAACUUCUGACAAUUCUGAUUUUGGUCACCAGUUGAUAUGUUGUCUUUGUAGAAAAGAUUUCAAUUCCAGACGAGGUGUUCGUCGUCACAUUCGAAAAGUACACAAGAAAAAGAUGGAAGAACUAAAAAAGUACAUUGAAACACGAAAGAAUCCAAACCAGUCCUCUAAAGGACGCAGUAAGAAUGUUCUAGUUCCAUUAAGUAGGAGUUGUCCAGUAUGUUGUAAAUCAUUUGCUACAAAAGCGAAUGUAAGGAGGCAUUUUGAUGAAGUUCAUAGAGGACUAAGGAGGGAUUCAAUUACUCCUGAUAUAGCAACAAAGCCUGGGCAACCUUUGUUCCUGGAUUCUGUUUCUCCUAAAAAAUCUUUUAAGACUCGAAAACAAAAGUCGUCUUCAAAGGCUGAAUACAAUUUAACUGCAUGCAAAUGCCUUCUUUGCAAGAGGAAAUAUAGUUCACAAAUAAUGCUUAAAAGACAUAUGCAAAUUGUCCACAAGAUAACUCUUUCUGGAACAAACUCUAAAAGAGAGAAAGGCCCCAAUAAUACUGCCAGCAGUUCAGAAAUAAAAGUUAAAGUUGAACCAGCAGAUUCUGUAGAAUCUUCACCCCCUUCCAUUACCCAUUCUCCACAGAAUGAAUUAAAGGGAACAAAUCAUUCAAAUGAAAAAAAGAACACACCGGCAGCACAGAAAAAUAAAGUUAAACAAGACUCUGAAAGCCCUAAAUCAACUAGUCUGUCUGCUGCAGGUGGCCAGCAAAAAACCAGGAAACCAAAACUUUCAGCUGGCUUUGAUUUUAAGCAACUUUACUGUAAACUUUGUAAACGUCAGUUUACUUCGAAACAGAACUUGACUAAACACAUUGAAUUGCACACAGAUGGGAAUAACAUUUAUGUUAAAUUCUACAAGUGUCCUCUUUGCACUUACGAAACUCGUCGGAAGCGUGAUGUGAUACGACAUAUAACUGUGGUUCAUAAAAAGUCAUCCCGUUAUCUUGGGAAAAUAACAGCCAGUUUAGAGAUCAGAGCUAUAAAAAAGCCCAUUGAUUUCGUUCUAAAUAAAGUGACAAAAAGAGGCCCUUCAAGAGACGAAGCAAAACAUAGUGAUGCAAAACAUGAUGGCACUUCUAACUCUCCUAGUAAAAAGUAUGAAGUAGCUGAUGUUGGUAUUGAAGUAAAAGUCACAAAAAACUUUUCUCUUCACAGAUGCAAUAAAUGUGGAAAGGCAUUUGCCAAAAAGACUUAUCUUGAACAUCAUAAGAAAACUCAUAAGGCAAAUGCUUCCAAUUCACCUGAAGGAAACAAAACCAAAGGCCGAAGUACAAGAUCUAAGGCUCUUGUCUGAUAACUUCAAGUGAUGUACGAAAAGGUUUGGAGUUCAUUUUUGUGGAAAGACUUUAAAUUGGUGUUAGAACCACUAAACAUCUUCAAAUGGUACUAUGAGGAAAAAGAAAAAGUUUUGAUAAAUAUAUGACUGUAACUGCUGUUUUCUGACUAAAAUAAUAACCAUCUAACCACUUGUUUCUAAGGCACUGCCUCUUCCAGCACUUUCAAGUAGCUGUGACAUUAAGUACUGUCAUCACAAUCCAUCAACUAACCACCUUUGUGCAUUUGGUCUAUGUUUUCUACACAAAUGGUGCAAAUUUUGUUUUCCAACAGUUUGUUGAUUAAAGUGAUCAACAACCUGAAGAAAAUAUCACCACUGGUGAUUUUUAAUUAACAAAGACUUUAUCUUAGCGAUUUUAGUUUUGUUCUGCUUCAUUUGGCAGAAUUUUUAUUUGGAUUGUACAGAUACAUAAUUUCCUAGUGAGUGUAUGUUAGGACCAAAAGAUAAAUUAAUAUCAGCACAUUAUAGAUAUUUAGCCUGCUAAAUAUUUGUAAUUAUUUUUACAUCCAUUUAUUUCUAACUUGUUCUACAGCACUUAAAUGUUUGCAGGUUUUAUUCUAAAAUUUAUACUACAGAAAAGUUGCAGUUCAUUUUCUCCCAUGGAUCAUCACGUUCUUCAUUUGUAAACAUCUGAGGUUUUUAUGAAAAUUAAACAUUCCCCUGUAUUUCUUUAAAUUUCAUUCAAAGCACUUUAAUGAUAGAUGCAACUUAAAUUUUCAGGUUUUUUUAAAGACCGCACAUUUACUGAUGUUAAUAUGAAGGCAGUAGUAAAUAGCUUACUGAAAUUUUAUGGAUGCAGACAAUCCCUGCACAACCAUUUUUUACAAUAUUAGUUUAUUUCUUUAAAUAUUGCUAAAAAAGGAAGAUUGGGGUGUAUACCCUGCUUUUUCCCCCUCUCCCAAGUAAAAUCUUAGAUGACCACUUUAGAUAAUAUUUGAUUCCUACUGAAAAAUUUAAAAAAUAAUAAAUUUUUGUCCAUUUUUGUAAUCAAGAUUUUAGGGAAAACAGAAGUACGUCUAUCUUUAAUGAAAUAUUGGGCAGGUUUUUGUGUAUCAAUAUUUUGUAUUUUUUAGGGAAUACUUUAUUUUUAAAUAAUUUUUAGUAAUUUUUGUCAAAUUAUAAUUUUAAAAGGUACAGCAGGAGAAUAUACCGUGUUUUUAUAUAGUUUCACAUGUAAACUUAGGAGGGACCCUGUCCAUCUAUAUACUUUUCAUAUAAAAUUUUAAAAUGUUGAAGAUCCACAAGGUCAUAAUAAAAUGAUUUUAUAGCUAGAAAAGCAUUUACCCUUCCCAGUGCUUUGCACUAAAAUAUACUGUGAAAGGAAAGUAGAAAGACUGUAACUUGCUGGAAAUGUUCUAUAUUGAAUGUACAUGCUCUUGUUGGAAAAAUGUACUAUAUGUGAUGGAAAUAAACCAGACUCGAAGUUAUUUCAGCUAAAUGUGCUUCAGCGAAGGUGCAUUGGUUGAAACUUAAAUGUUUUAUUAUCAAAUUUAAAUUUAUUCAAUGACUGAGCGGCUACACUUGAAAUUUAUCCUGAUCGUUUUAUUUUUAAGAGUUAGAGUGAUAAUUUCUCUUUAAUUUAAAAACAGAUUUACUUUUCCACAUAUGGAAAACUUGUACUUAUAGGUCUAACUUUAAUGAUUAAUAGCAUAAUAUAUUUAGGGAACUAAAUGUGUAGGUGUUUUUUCAUUUAUAAACCAUCUUCAUUAGUGGCACAUUAUUAAACCUGUAUGUUUGACUUUUG